CUAGUCAGGUGUGAGAGCUGGGAGGAUUGCAGUUGGUACUUCUGAGACAUCAACGGAGCAAUAAAAGGAGGAUUGGGAUGUUGAUAGGGACUUAGCAGUGGUGAAAUCCCUCAAGGGUCUGGAACAAAGGGGAACCCAUGGAUGGUUUCUACAUUUCCGGAGAAGGAGAUAAACAGGAUGAGAUCAAUGACACCAGCAGUAGGAAGAGCUGGGCAGAGGAAGGCAGCUCCGAGUUGUCGUUCCGUGUGGUGACAGCUGUUUUACUUUCCCUUCUCAUCCUCUCCACGCUCCUGGGCAACAUUCUUGUGUGUGUGGCUGUGGCCAUGUUCAGACACUUACGCUGUAAGGUCACCAAUUUCUUUGUUAUUUCCUUGGCAGUGUCUGACCUCUUUGUGGCUGUACUGGUGAUGCCUUGGAAGGCUGUCACUGAGGUGAUGGGAUUCUGGCCUUUUGGGGCUUUCUGUGAUGUUUGGGUUGCUUUUGAUAUCAUGUGCUCCACAGCCUCCAUCCUCAAUUUGUGCAUCAUCAGCGUGGACCGUUACUGCGCCAUCUCCAGCCCCUUCCGCUAUGAGAGGAAGAUGACGCAGCAGGUGGCCUUCAUCAUGAUUGGAGUGGCUUGGCUGCUGUCCCUCCUGAUUUCCUUCAUCCCUGUGCAGUUGAAGUGGCACAAGGACCGUGAGCUUCUUAGCCAGCAGGAGCCAGGUUUUAAUGUCACCUGGGAGGAGGAGAGCUGUGAUUCGAGCCUCAACAGGGCUUAUGCCAUUUCCUCGUCUCUCAUUAGCUUUUACAUCCCUGUUGCCAUCAUGAUUGUGACGUACACCCGCAUCUUCCGCAUUGCCCAGCGGCAGAUUCGUAGGAUCUCUUCCUUGGAAAGAGCAGUGGAACAUGCCCAAAACUGCCACAGCAGCGACUGCCCUCAUGAAGCCUCCCUGAAGAACUCCUUCAAGAAGGAGACUAAGGUCCUCAAGACCCUCUCUAUCAUCAUGGGUGUCUUUGUCUUCUGUUGGCUGCCCUUCUUUGUGCUCAACUGCAUUGUGCCCUUUUGUGACCUCGACCUGCAUAAGCCGGGGGAGCUGCCUUGUGUCAGCAAGACUGUCUUCAGCAUCUUUGUCUGGUUUGGGUGGGCCAACUCUUCCCUCAAUCCUAUUAUCUAUGCCUUCAAUGCAGACUUUCGGCGAGCCUUUGCAACCAUCCUGGGCUGUGGCUGCCCUUGUCCCAGCAAUGCAGUGGAGACAGUGAACUUCAGCAAUGAGCUGGUCUCCUACCACCAUGAUACGACAAACCAGAAAGUAGUAGUGACCCUUAGCUACUCCCAACUUCUCCCACAUGCUGCUCUGCCGAUGGAAAACAACGAGGUGUCCUUUGACAAGGUUUCUCAGAUCUCCGAGCCUACUUGCGACACCCGCCCUGUGGAUGUUUUGCCUGCUGCGGUGCAUGUGGGGCGAGAGAUGGCCAUCUCGCUGGAGAAGAUUACGCCCUUCACUGCUAAUGUUUUGAAUUAAGACAGGGA